CGAUCAGACGAUUAGUCGUCGCUGCCUCUGCGGAUCACGAUACUGGGCUGACGGCAAAGUGCCAUUGAGAUGUUGCGAAUGCGUCGUACUCCCCCCCGGUUGGUGACUCUGACCACUUUGGUCCUUCACAUUCACCACCCGGGGGAGGGGGCUCCCAUCAGUCCAUCAGCCUGCGUCACAGCUCGCCAAUGGAACGAGGCGGACUCAGUCCACCGGCUGCCCGGCUCGCAUUGUUUGCAGCCGGGAGUGCGGCAUGGGGACAAGGACCAGCCCAUCAGAAGCCGAGGACAGGGGAUAGGCCUUUGAUGGUGGGUGCACUGGACGCAUCGGAAAGACAGGCUGACCACGCUCUCGCUGACGGCAAGGCCAAACACCUCUGCGAGUCGCACGGAAUACUACCAAGGAUCCAGUCCAGCACUGCUCCUUCGUGCGUGCGUGUGUAUGUGUGUGAAGGGAAACUUGCUCGGUAGAUUGCGUCGCCGCUGCCUCUCCUCGGUGAUGAGCGGUCUGUCUCAUGAGUCAGGACUCGUGGCUGAUCCAGACAGACAGAGAUCUCGCUCACUUUCGUCUGUGCUCUCGCGUGCCGCGCUUGCGUGUGGCAACUAGAGACGCUCCAAGCGCAGAGAAGCCUUGACACUGGCAUAUGACUCGAAAGAACCCACGAAAUGCUUUGUACCUAUCGUACGAAGCAUAAGCUCGAAGCGGCCGAUUGCAAACCGGAGAGCACCAUUGAUGACAGGACGCACAAUUCCACGACUUUCUCAGGCCACAGCCAGGCAGCGGAAACAAGGCACAGCCAAUGCAGCCCACUGCCGUGACUUUUUCGUGGUCAUGUUGUCUGGUCGUCCUGCCAGGCACAGAACAGAGGCCGCGCUCGGAAACCCGCUGGCUUUCCGACUCUGGAGCUGCAGCGCCGUGUGACCAAUCUCCACACGGUAGGCGUGUCAGGAGAGCAAGGCAUCCCUGCGACGGGCGCCUCACCCCUUGAACCGUCGGUCAAGAGCAACGAUGGUUGAGCCCAGGGGAGCGGACGGAACUACUAGUAGUAUACUGCGGAGCGCCCCCGUCACAGGUCCUGCAAGCGCGCGUCUACCAGCCCCGGUCCAACUUGGUGCAUUGCUUCGAGUUGAGGGUGUUGCAGCGCCGGCCAGCUGGCUGUGUGCUACUUCGUACUAACGUACCUCGUACUGGGGUCCCGUCAUCGCGUUUCCCAGGCUCGAGGCUGGCCACUGCCGAGCCGCCAACAUGGGUGCAAGAAGCUGCCGACGCGGCGCCCUUUAAUUUCGAAGACGUGCUGCACGUUUCGGCGUCACCAGCCGCUUGCAGAUCCGUGCGCGCGCGGGCCCAGACGCUGCCGAACGGACGCGAGCAUUUCGCCCACAGGCGUUGUCGACGUCGGAUGGCGGCGAUAACGCGAUGCGGAUGUCGCUGCACUGUCAAUUGCGGUACGUACCCUCUCAAUCCAGUAGUAGCACUCAUCCUCAAGACAAGACACUUCGGUACCUGAAUCUUGUCCAUCCUCGACAGGCGGCCUAACGUCAACCCCACCUGGCCCGCUCACCGGACCCCACCCACUGUAAGUGUCUAGCCCCCACCGCCUUCCUGCCCCGAAGGGUCCCGUUCUGUCCGACUUUCGCCUCGCGGCGGCAGAAUCGCCAAAUUUUCUGCUAUGGCUUCACGACCAGGGAGCCGCCCCCAGACCAACCCGACGGCCACGAUGCGCGCUGCUAUGGAUCACGCAGACUCAGACUCGGACGCCGCCAGCAUGCGCAGUGAGUCGGGUUCAUCUAGCGAGUCUGACUACUUAGACAACAACGCUUCGCGGAAGCGUCGCCGGACGUCGCCCACUGCCGAAGCCACUCGCGCAGAGCUCCAAACCGCCGCCGCCGCCGCCGCCUAUGACGACGAGGACGAGGACGAUGGCGAUCAAGUCAAUGGUCUCGAGGGUUUCAAGGCUGCCAUAUCCGCCAUUGCAGCCCCGUCGCGGGUCAAGCGAACGGCGCAGGCGGCCACCAAUGGCACCACCAUAGCCGCACCGCGGAAUCGCAUCCAGGCGCCACUUGAUCCAAAUACAACCUUUUCCUCUCUUCAGGUCCGUCCCUGGCUCGUGCAGUCCCUCGGGAACAUGGCCAUCAAGAGACCCACCGGCAUUCAAAAGGGUUGCAUCCCCGAGAUCCUAAAGGGCAGAGACUGCAUCGGCGGCAGCAGGACUGGUUCCGGAAAGACGGUUGCCUUCGCCGUGCCUAUUCUGCAGAAGUGGGCAGAAGAUCCAAGUGCCAUUUUCGGCGUCGUUUUGACGCCCACCAGAGAGUUGGCCUUGCAGAUAUACGAGCAGUUCAAGGCCAUCUCCUCGCCCCAAAGCCUCAAGGCUAUCCUCGUGACUGGUGGAUCGGAUAUGCGCGCUCAGGCCAUCGCCCUGUCCCAACGGCCUCACAUCGUCAUCGCCACGCCUGGCCGCCUAGCAGACCACAUCAGGUCGUCUGGCGAGGACACUGUCUGUGGGCUCCGACGCGUGCGCUUUGUCGUGUUAGACGAAGCGGACAGGUUACUGCAUGCCUCCGGGCCGGGCAGCAUGCUUCCAGACGUGGAGGAAUGUCUGGGUGUGUUACCGCCCGCUACGGAGCGCCAGACAUUACUCUUCACGGCCACCAUCACCCCCGAAGUUCGAGCCCUCAAGAAUAUGCCCCAGAAGCCGGGCAAGCCGCCCGUCUUUGUCUGCGAAGUUGAUACCCAGAUGCUUGCCAUCCCUACGACACUCACGCAGACGCACAUUCAAAUACCCGUCACCCACAAGGAGCACUACCUGCACGUCUUUCUCCUCACGGAAGCAAACCAGGACAAGACGGUCAUCAUCUUUUGCAAUAGGACUUCGACAGCCGAGUAUCUGCAUCACCUGCUCCGGCUCCUGGACCACCGGGUCACCUCGCUGCACUCCAAGCUUCCUCAGCGCCAAAGAACUGACAACCUUGCACGAUUUCGUGCCUCAGCCGCCCGCAUCCUGGUGGCCACGGAUGUGGCAGCCCGCGGUCUGGACAUUCCUGAAGUCAGCCUCGUUGUCAACUACGACAUACCCCGCGAUCCGGAUGACUACAUCCACCGCGUUGGUCGUACUGCUCGUGCGGGCCGAAAGGGCGAAGCAGCGACGUUUGUCGGCCAACGUGAUGUGGAGCUAGUUCUGGCGAUUGAGAAGCGCGUGGGCCGCGAGCUCGAGGUCUGGGAAGAGGAGGGCGUCAAUCUAGAGACUAGAGUCAUUCGCGACGCGCUCAAGAUUGUGAGCGAGAAGAAGCGGGAGGCGUUGCUCGAGGUAGAGGAAGGUAGGGAAGUCGGCGGGAAGAGGAAGAGAACCAAGCAGAAGCUUCAGGCCGAGUAAGAGGCAUGCUCCGGCAGGAACUCUCUAGGGGUAUUCAAAUUAGAUGUGACACAUAGCGACGGAGCAUUGCAAGGUCAUAUUUCGUGCCAGAUUUGCCCCCUUUCCCAUUACGUGUCAGUCAGUGUGCGACUGUCCACGGGCAAGGAAAAGGGCAGAGCAGUAUACUAUGUUUUACCCCAUGUAAUUAGAAUAAGGUAAUGAGCAACAUGGUACGCAAUGGGUAC